AUGGAGCCGCUAAAUAUUCAAGCGAAUCAGCUGAUUCUUUUAAGACUGCCCUCACAAAACAUCAAGGUUGUGAAAGUCGAGCCGGGCAGUAUCAUUUCACUAGGCAAGUUUGGCUCGUUUAGGGCCGACGACAUUAUCGGCGAUCCAUUCGGAUUUACCUACGAAAUUGAUUCCGGUAUGAAGCUAAGUCUAGUUGAUAACACUAUUGAGUUUGAUGAAGACGACCAGAUGGGAGCAGAGCAGGCCAUGACGGGUCACAAGAUCACUGCGACGGGCAUGCAGCAGCUGACGUCUGAAGAGAUCGAAGCCCUCAAGAGCCAAGGUGUUUCCGGCGCGGAGAUUAUUGCCAAAGUCAUGGAGGGACAUGCUGCCUUCGAGCACAAAACCGAGUACUCCAAAGAAAAGUAUCUGAAGCGCAAAAAGCAGAAGUUUCUCCAGCAGUUCACGCCUUAUGCGAUCGGCAGCACCGAGCUGAUUGAUAUUUAUUUGGACAAGGAUCCCACACGGAUUUACAAUCUUAGCCCUGAAACUCUAGCCCUAGCUCUGAAUAUGGGCAACAUCCGUCCUGGCGGCAACUACCUUGUUGUUGACGAAACUCCCGGCGUGCUUGUUGCAGCCAUCCUCGAACGCAUAGGAGGAGAGGGCACGAUUACCCUAGUUCACGAGAACGAGCAUCCUAAUCUCGACUGUCUCAAGUACCUUGUUCUUAGCGAGGAAGAGCGCGAGCGAAUGAUCAAGACCAUCAAUUGGCUCGAGCUGUUUCACCCCGAGGAGUCGGAGCCUGUGCGAACAAAGACGGCAGAAGAACUGGAGGACCUCAAGCCGUCCCAUCGCCGACAGUAUUACAGAGCGAAACAACGCGAAGAAAAUCACAAAGAAAUUCUGAAACGAGCCGACACUUGUGGUUUUGAUGCUUUGAUGGUAAUGACCCUCCUGGAUCUGCCGACGCUAAUCCCGCAGCUGCUGCGGUUUGUGGGCGGAUCGCGUCCGAUUGUACUGUACUCCGAGUUCAAAGAAGUGCUUGUGGAAACGACGCUGGCUUUGCAGAAAGAGAACCGAGUUUUGGCCCCCACUAUCAUGGAGACUCGUGUUCGUAAAUACCAGACGUUACCUGGCCGUAUUCACCCCCUCAUGACUUCGCGGGGAUACGGCGGCUAUUUGCUCAGUGCGUUGAGAGUGCACCCGAACCGAGCAGUCAACGCUGUAGGCAAGAUAAGCAACCGGCGAAAAAAGGCGAAAACCACCGCCUCUGCCACACCAACCCCUGAGCCCGCUCAAAUUGCACCUGUAGAUGGCCAGGAAAUCAGUCCAGACACACCGGCAAUCGAUGCAUAA